AUGGUUUAUUUAGCUUCAAGAAAAGUGUCACUCAAUGAUGAAUGGAAAGGGGAAAAGUAUGCGGACAGGAAUAAGAUGGAAAAAGAAGCACUUGAAUGGAUCGAAAGGUGGAGUUCCAUGCUUUUGGUUAUGGUGUUGGUUCCUGAUAUACUACCGUUAUCAUUAGCAGCCCAUCUUCCCGUGCAUGAUUCAUUAUAUGAUGAAUCACCAUUGGUUGAUUACAACAUUUUGCCAUAUUCAGGGAUGAGGAUUAAUGAUGACUUGAUGAACGAGCCAUUUCAAGUUGACAAACGUAAAAACGAAUUUAUUCGCUUUGGGAAAAGAAAUGGUUUCAUGAAAUUUAACAAACGAAAAAAUGAAUUCAUUCGAUUCGGUAAACGUUCCAUCAAAUUGAAGAUGUUUUGA